UUGCGACCCAGGAGGCGGGAGAGUGAUACCUUCGCUACCUGCAAUGUUGUCUUUUUGGAUACCUCAAUAGAAAACGUCGUAGUUGUCAAAGGUAGAAGUAGUGGAGUAGAUAACGACGAAGCUACUGAUGCUGUUUCCAGGGUUGAGCUCGACAAUGACUUGCUGCUGCUAAGAUGCAGGGUUUGGAAAGGAAUUCAGCUGCAACUGUUCCAGUGCUACAUUUGCGGCACUCACGAACUGCCCAUCAAUGAGAUCCGAGAGAUGACUCAGGUAAGUUGCAAUAGUUCUCUAAGAUGCUUCUACUGGAAAAAGUACCAGAUCCCAGACCUGUGGUUCGAACUAGCCACGACAUGUGACACCUCCCAAAAUAGGUUAGAGAAUCUUCAUAUGCAAGACAGCACGCUUCGGGAACGGACUUCCGUGCCUUUGGUUGAUGCCUCUGGGUGCAUCUCCAUGUGUAUCGUCAACUCUGCGUCUACACAGCUCUGCAGUGCUACGUCGGUAGUACUCUAUGAUUCACGUGCAAUAAGGGUUGAAAGUUCAGCGGGGUCCCGUUGUUCCGUCGCCACAACCACCACCACCGCACUGCUUUAG